AUGGAUUCCGAAGACAUGGUCUUUAUCGAGGAUAGUCUGUUUACAACCAUUGCGGAUACCAGGGUGAAGGAACCUGAUCAAGAUAUCGAGAUAGCUUGUGCAAUUCCACAACUGUCUACGGAAGCCAAGCGGCAGAGAUCCAGCGACUUUGCUCCUCCUGGCAAUAUCAACGCAACCCCACGCAACGAUCAGUCUCGGAGCUCCGAUCGUAAUGAUCUCCUAAGACUACAACUGAGACAGAAGAUCAUGGGCCAUGAUUUCUUGGAAUCGGGAGGAGAAUUCGGCCAUUCCCGGACACACAUCUUUGUACCAUCCGAUUUUAGGGGCCACUGCUCGGGCACGGAAGGAAGUGGGGCCCCGUAUUCUCCGCCGCCUCCGCCUCCUCCUCCACCACCACCACCUCCUCCUCCUCCUCCCCCUCCGCCGCCACCACCGCCGCCACCUCCUCCCACUCAAUGUCCCCGGAUUUUCCGCUUCCGGAAUACAAGUAAUCUGCUGCCAUCACCACCACCACCGCCACCACCGCCACCACCGCCUCCACCGCCUCCAGCUGUGGGUACAGGGCUUCCGGUCCUGCGAUUUGAUACAGAAGAUGAGAUAUCAACACCAACGUCGUUCCUCCCAGCUCAUUACUACAAUAGACCAAGACUCGAAGUUUCGAGCCGCAUAGUCCACAUUGCACCGUUCAGACGUAACGUUAUCGUCAACUGCCAUCAUGCCCACAUGGCAGAUUUCGAGGAAUACCGCUGGAUUUUGAAGUAUGGGAGCCCAGAACAGUGGUACGAGAGACCAUCGAAAUCCGUGCUUCAGAAUCUCGGGUAUUCCGUGCACUCUCGUCAUCCUAAUGAGCAGCUGGGUGUUCUUCCGAACGCAAGACCGGUCAGUCAUGAGAACCCUAGGGUAUGGGCGUCAUCUGCUCUUGUUACCCCUAUAGACGAUGACAUGGCUUGUACUGCCAACCAUUCUAUUAAGAGUAACUACUCUGGGGCGUGUGAUGCGUGUCGGGACGAGAAGUCAGAAGCACUGAAGAACACCCCGCUUGUGUACUACCUGAUUUUGAGUACAUGCCAGGCAAGCGACACAUUCAUCCACGGCGCACACUUCAAUGGAAAGCAAAUCUACAAGCUGAUCAAGUGUGGAAGCCGUGAAGCGGCUGUAGCGGAAGCCUUCUACGCUGCUGGAGUGAAUGGAUGGAAUGUCGCAUUUAGCUGUGUGAUGAGACUCGGAGAAGGCUUUGACGAAAGAUGCGGACAUGUUGAAAAAGCCAAAGCUCUCUGGCAGCUUUCGAAAAAACCAACGGAUGAGGACGUUAUCAAAGUCUUCUACUAG